GCCAACGCAGCAGAAAGGGAGAGAAUGAUAGCAAGAAUGGGCACGGGCCUGGUGGUGGUGGUGCUGUUGGCGCUGGUGGCGGGAGCAGCAGGGCGGAGCGUGGGCGAGCCGUUGCAUCCCUCGUGGCCGAGCGUCGGCUUUUCAGCGCCGUACACAUACACUGUGACAGGCAAGGACGGGACGAAUGCGACGACCGAGGGCUUUAUGCAGUAUGCCUUUGCGGCCGGUUCGAACGGUUGGGCCAUGCGGAUGAAGACGGCAGAAGUCGGCGUGUGCGCCGUCUAUGCUGGCGCGUUGGACAUGGAUCCGGCUACGGCCGACUGCACCCUGCUCAUGCUCGGCUCGCACGCCUUCCCGGUUCCCAACGCGGUCUUCCUCAUGGUGGACUCGCACUGCUGCCUGAUCAACAACACCGGUAAUGUGGCCAACACGUGGCUGGAUGGCUUUGACUACGCCGGGUCGCAGGAGUGGGACGGGGUGCCGGCCGAUGUGUGGACCAUGCAGGCCAACCAGCUCAACUACUAUGUCAUGGCCGCCAACGCCACCUCGAUAGAGGACUCGAUCGCUGUCGGCAUCUUCCAGCCCUUCCACAUGAUGGAGUUCCACGACUUUACCGUCGGACCGCAGCCUGCCGAUGCCUUUUCCACGCCUGACAUGUGCACUCUGCGCAAGUGCCCGGGCGGCAUCAUGUCGCCGUUUGACCGCCAUUGAGCGGCGUUGUAGCU